GGAAGCUACAUAUGUCCAUGGCUUCCAACCAUAUAAGAAACAUGUUUGUGACAAACAAACAAAGAAAGAGCGGUCUGGUGAAAGUGAAAGGAUACAUUUUACCUGAAAAGAAAGAAGAAGCCGUAAAUGAAACGGAUGAUUCUGACGAGGAAAACGAAGCAGAGCAACAACCUGAAUUUCUAGAUCUGAACGAAAUCAACAAUGUUUCUUCAGGAGGACACUCUUUCCAGCCGUCAGUAGUACCUCUGAGCAAAGCUGACUUCUAUGACUUCAAGACCAAAAAAGUCUACUGUGUGGAGGGACGUUUUGCUCUCAGGAGUCCGUGGUGGGAGGUGAACUGUCACGUAAGAUGGUCGAGGGACAAGCGGGUCAUGAAAGGAUAUCCUUCCUACAAACUGCGAUCUGACUUAGACAGAAAAGGAUGGAUUUCUAUUCUGUCCCUGUUUCUAAACGCAUGUGGAGUAGAACCAGACUUUAUCCACAACUUUUUCGAUUGGCUGCCAAAAAAUAGAAAUGUCACCUUUUCCAAUCUGGACGAAGUCGUUGAGGAAUUUUCAGAGGGUAAUGAAGCUGUGGCACAGCACAUUUCAUCCAAACUCUCAAGUUCAGUUGCAGGAAUGCAAGUGCGUGCAGCCAGUCUGUAUCCAGGAGUAAUGAAAUACAUCCCAACCCUGCUUCCUCGCCAGUUCGUAAAGCUGCUUGGAUAUGGAAAGGAAAAAAAGACUCUGCCAGCAACACAGACUGCACCGACUGCACCGACUGCACAGCAAGAUGACAACAACAGGGAAGAAGAGGUGGACACAAGCUUGCUGGCCAAACUGGAACUUAUAAUUGCAGAUGAUGUGUGGAAACUGGGAUUUAACCAACUUAUGCUCACGGAACUGAAGCUCGUGCGCUGUGAAGCUUCGCUCAAAGCGUUCGAGGAAUGCGAGCUGCUUCAGAAAAUCCCACUACUACAGCAUCAUGCCCUCUUGGUGUAUCACCAGCUAAAAACAUCUUGCCAACAAACAGGUAGCACCUACACUGAGAAGGAUGCUCUGUGUGAACUCCUUAGAAAGAAUGUAAAAAUGUCUGAUGAGCAGGCCUGGAGUGCCAUUCACUUCCUCAGAGAACAGAAUAUUGUAGUAGUUGUCAGAAGAAAGAUAGUGCUGAAGAACUUUGACUCGUAUGAGACAGGCAUAGCUGAAUGCCUGAGCUCCUUGAUGGACCGUAGACAAUGGAACAUCCCUGUAAAUGCCACAGAGGUGCUGCGUACAGCUGCAGAGGAUAGGCAACUAAAGAAAAUGCAAACCUCAGACAAUGCUACAACUUCCUGUGUUGAAGACAGGCCUUCAGUUAAUGAGCCUACAAAUAUAUCCAAGACAUUAUCUGAAUCCUCAGAACAGCAGGCCGAAGCAAAUCCAGACUUUUCCCCUAUUAAACUGGACCCAGACCAUGUUCGGGCUGUAGAGAUGAUUUGUGCCAACCCAGUAACAAUCAUCAGUGGAAAGGCUGGCUGUGGGAAAACCACAGUGGUCAGCAGUCUGUUCAAAGCUGCUGUAUCACAGAUAAGCUGUGGACAGCAGAAGACACAUGAAGCCUAUGAAGACAACGGAAAUGAUACUGAAAUGUCCUUUGAGUCAGAGGAGGAGACAGAAGAUAUAAAAAGUAAAAAAGAGAUCCUUUUGACAGCACCUACAGGGAGAGCUGCCUCACUACUGAAAAAGAAGACCGGCUUCCCUGCAUACACUCUGCAUCAGGUGCUGUUUAGUUUCAUGAAGAAACAAACAGAUGAACAUGGGGAUGAUAAACAAUGGAGUUUCAAGGAUGUCCGUAUUUUCGUGGCAGAUGAGGGCAGCAUGGUCUCCGUCCAGCUCCUCCACACAGUCCUGAAAUCGCUUGUCACACACGCCAAUCUCCAAAAAGUCAUUAUACUUGGUGAUGUCAGACAACUUCCUAGUAUCCAGCCUGGGAACAUCCUACAUGACCUGUAUGACAGUCUAAAACCCCUCCAGUGGGUCAUUGAAAUGAAGACCAACCACCGCUCAGAGUCUCAACUCAUCAUUAAAAACGCUGGACUCGUUGCUGACAUGGGGAAGAGGCACAAGUACGGUGAUUUGAACUUUGAUGCCAUAGUGGAUCUAGAUGGGGAUCAUAACACGUUGUCUGCUGACAAGAAGUUUAUCCUCAUUCGUCUGCCUGAGGAAGGGUCUGAUGAUGAGUUACAGAAGACUAUCAAGUUCCUGAUCAACACUGCUCCAGGACUGGAUGACCAUUACACUUCACAAUUCAUUGCUUUUAAAAGGUGUGAUGUGGCACUGAUCAACAAGCUUUGCUGCACGCAUUACAACAAUCACACAACUAAAAACCACAAAAACAAACUGAAGUUUCAGCCUGGUGACAAAGUCUGUUGCACCAAGAACGGUUACAUCACUGAUACAGACGACACGAAGAGGUUGAAUCAGUCAGAUAUGGUACUCCAUACACAAAUGGAAGAAGGAAAAGAUGGAGAAGAAGAAGUAGAAGGAAAAGAAGGAAGGAUGGGAAAGAUAUCAAAAGAUCGCCUCUGUAACGGAGAGAUUUUCUUCAUCAGAGACGACAAAACAGAAGUGGAUAACCAUAAACGCAGCAAACGCUAUUUGACCCUGGAUGAUAAUGAUGGACGCCAGCUAACAGUAGAAUACAGAGAGCUGCAGAGGGAGUGCAAGCUGCAGCAUGCCUGGGCCAGGACUAUCCACACCUUCCAGGGCUCAGAGAAUGAGACCAUCGUCUAUGUGGUAGGAGAUAGCAAGGCCCAGACAUGGAAGCACAUCUAUACCGCCAUAACACGGGGGCAGAAACGUGUAUAUGUGGUCGCCAGAGAAGAUGAUAUGAAAGCAGCCAUUCAGAAGCGUGAAACCCCUCGAAACACCAGACUUGCAAGUCUGAUCAAGGAUCACCUGGUGCAGCCGAACACACCACAGAGGACUCCCUCAGGCUGUACCCCCCAAAAGUUCACCCCUCUUCACACACAAACCCCCAACAGACCUUCAAGCUCCGUUGGCCAGGUCACACCACUGCGGCCUAAAGGGACGGAUGACAGAGUUAAGGGGGACACGACACCAUCGGGCUCAUCACCUAGGAGUAGAUUCAGUAAUCUCUCAGGGGUCGAACAACUGAACAGUACAGUAACAUCACAAGGCAACAAAAGGGUGCUCUUUGCAGAACAUCAGGAAGUGCCAUGCAAACAGCCUCGGGUAACGGAGUAGGCUGAA